AUGGGACAACAAUCGUUGAUCUAUAGCUUUGUGGCAAGAGGAACGGUGAUUCUUGCGGAGUACACGGAGUUUAAAGGGAAUUUCACAGGCAUCGCUGCACAAUGUCUUCAAAAACUUCCCGCUUCCAAUAAUAAGUUUACUUACAAUUGCGAUGGCCAUACCUUCAAUUACCUCGUUGAAAACGGAUUCACCUACUGUGUGGUUGCAGUUGAAUCUGCUGGCAGGCAACUUCCAAUUGCCUUUUUGGAGCGAGUUAAGGAAGAUUUUAACAAAAGAUAUGGUGGAGGAAAAGCAGCAACGGCUGUUGCCAAUAGCCUGAACAGAGAGUUUGGGUCCAAAUUGAAGGAGCACAUGCAGUAUUGUGUGGAUCAUCCUGAAGAGAUCAGCAAGCUUGCAAAAGUUAAGGCUCAGGUUUCUGAAGUUAAGGGUGUUAUGAUGGAAAACAUUGAGAAGGUUCUUGAUCGUGGUGAGAAGAUUGAGCUGCUGGUGGAUAAAACUGAGAACCUUCGCUCUCAGGCACAAGAUUUCCGAACACAGGGAACUAAGAUAAGAAGAAAGAUGUGGUAUCAGAAUAUGAAGAUAAAAUUGAUUGUAUUGGCUAUUAUCAUUGCGUUGAUUCUCAUCAUAGUGUUAUCUAUUUGCCAUGGCUUCAAUUGUUAA